CUCGCCGCCGGCGACCCCGAAACAAUUGACGCGCAGUGAGAAGACGGCCACCCAAUCCGCAAGGAAGCGAAGCUCCUCUGCUCCGGUCGGGUCAGGUCCCUUUUCUGGUUGGGUUCUCCGGUCGGGUCAGGUCCCUUUUCUGUUGCUUCCGAUGGACGGCGCCGCCGCUGCUGCAGGAGGUAGUGGGGAGCCGGCGGCCAACGGGUCCAAAUCUGAGGGGCAGCAGUUCGAUCCCAGCCGGAUGAUUGGGAUAAUCAAAAGGAAGGCCUUGAUUAAAGAUUUGGCUGCUGCGUACCAUGCUGAGUGUAUAGCAUCCUGUAAAGAACUCUUGCAGCUUCAGAGAAAGUGGGAGGAGGAACAGUAUGUGGAAGUCAAAAUGCCUGAAGAACCAAGACUGAUGACAAUGAAGACCUCAAAGCGUAGGAAGAAGUAGAUUUAGGAGAUUAAGAGCACUUUCAGCUCUGUCAACUGCUGUGGUAGUUAGCUUGACAGUGAACUAAAUACAAGGAAACAUUGCCCUCAGGUGGGCUUAUGCUCUAAAGUAUCAUUUGCCUGCUUCCCAUU